CAGUGGAUCAGCUGAAGCGUAUGACGUGAGCAGCGCAAGCACGUUUUCGUUUUGUUUAGCGCGCACGCGGUCUCUUGCCAGCCACGUUUUUCAUAAACGCGUGCUAUACCGUGUAAUAUUUCCAACAUGUUUCUGUAUGAAAAGGAAUUUUUCGACAUAUUACAAUCUUAAAUCAGUGCGCACGUGGACGGCCGUACUCACGAGAACAUGCCCGGACUUGUCUGAUCUUCGGGGCCGGGUAACGUUAGACAGGACUUCCUCGCGACCAUCAUGGACAACAAAUUUCCUGAUCAGCUUUAUCCACAUCUGUAUCUGGAUGGUCCGCCUGAAGAAGAGGCGAAACACAAUUAUGGAGGCUGGGGUUCAUACGAGCGAGUGCGCACUGUUGGUGCCGGGCCGUGUGAUGCUGAACAACCGUGGUCCCCUCCUGUGUUUGAACCCCAGCACGAUGUGAACAGUGAGGAAUGGCUGCCGGUCAAACCAGCCGUCGCCCCUUUAAUGCCACCAUAUGAAGAUGCCAAAGUCCCAUCUAUUGAUCUACCAGAUCCAAUGAAUUUUCCAGAUCAUAUGCACUAUUUCUACCAGCAUUACUUUAUGGAUGCCUUCUCCACAAUGGGACAUUUGCUCCAGGAUGACUUCACUUUCCAACGUAAAGCACCAAAGGAUGUUUUGUCAAUGCGCUGGUCUAGAGACUUUAUAAAUGGCUUAAAAUAUAAGAGGUGCGAGUAUGCAAAUUUCUCGAAGAAGAUCCGUCGUAUGCACCAUCUUCUCAGGGAUAUUGUGAGCGAUGUUCCUCCGUCUCUGCUUUCCUCGCUCCUCUAUGAAGAGCUGACGACUCAGAGGGAACGGCUGCAGUUCAGUGCAGAAAAUACAGGGGGUACUCUAGGAUUUGUGCCCUUGCGUGAUAACCAGAGCAGCAGAGUGGCCUCUCUGAUAUAUCCCAGGGGAGUUGGGAUGGACAAAGUCUUUUUCCACAAGGUGGUGCAACAUUUUAAUGACGACAAGCCUCCUAGUUUUGUCCUGCAACCCCAACCUAGUGUGUUUUAUUUGAAAGGCUCUAUCAGACAGAUCAGUCCUGGCAAAAUGGAAGAAGAAGGUCAUGUGGCUGUGCGGUCAGAUUAUUUAUGUGGCGUGUGGGUACUAGGAAGCCGAACGAAGCCGCGGUUAGUGGAAGUCAUCGAGACCAAAGAUCCCUUCUCCUGCGUCACCGGCAGUCCACACAUGCCAAAUGAGUUUGUGGUGGUUAAUGAGCGGGGAGCAGCAUAUCUUUGGACCGUGCGCAGAGGAUUGCAGAAGUUCCGUGAGGAGAGUUCCAACCUGUACUUCAAUGCCAAGUCGUCAUGGCGAUGGUGCGAGUUCUCCAGUCACCCGAGAGUGAUGGUCUAUGCUGACAGAACAGGGGCGGAGCUUACAGACAUACGGUGUCAUGAAAAUACUCACACGUUAUUCCGGAUUGGAAAGACACCAGGUUGUGUUUCAGGAGAGCGAGUGAUAAUAGCCAAGUACCUGAGUAAAAGCCACGCCCAUCACCACCUUAUUAAUACCCAGUAUUCCACUUACAUCAUGGAUGAGCGGGUUCCCAGUGUUCCCAUGCUGAAAUGGAACCAUAUGAUGGAGGCUCCGCCAACAUUUGCCUGCGAUCUGCCAGGACAGACCCCAAGCCAAACCUGCAAAUUGCUGCUUGGUUCUCAGAGGACACAGGAAAUCAUGCUACUGCAGUACACGGGUGGGAGGGAGCAUGCCUGUCAGACUCAAGGACCCAUUCAGAGGCUUUUUAAUCCCAAAGAGUGUCUGAGCCACCUAAACCUUCAGCUACCUCACAAGAAACACAUCGCUCAGAAGAGACUGAACGUGCCUGUUUCAGGUCAGGAUACUUUCACAACCAGCUGGAUGGUAUUAGAUGCUAUAGCAUGACGUAUCUACUAUAUU